AAGGCACAUUUACCAAGGGGCUGCCUGCCUGCCGGCCCAGCAGCAGCAGACGCCCAGGUAAUCCAGAGGAGCCCCAACACUCAGACAACGUCAGAAACGCAUGAGGCAUGAGGCACACAUCGCGUCUUGGGUUCCGGCGGCGGCGUCUGGGUAGUGGCGUUCCACGGCACUGGUCCCAUGAUUGGCGAUGCGAGGGGGGACCUGAUGGCCGAUCCUGGAGCAAGGAAACAGCACGGCGGGGUAUGUAUCCAGAAGGACAGAAAGAGAGUGCCGACAAGACAGGACAUGACAGCAUAGCCAUGUCGCAUCGCGCACAUUGUGCUCUAAAAACCACCCAGCGUUUCUGGCGCAGCAGGGCCUCCCCCGCCAGGCGGCCCAUCACCAGAUCUCCAGGGGCCUUGGUGGUGGGAAGAAGGUGGUGGGCGGGCCAAGGGUUUUUGUAAAUAACGUCCCGUCCGGGGCCCAUGGAUUGGGUUGGCUUCGAUGGGGUCCGUCGGGCUUCCAUGGACGCCAGCCCUUGUCCUUUCUUCUUCUUGAACCUCCUCCUCCUCCUCCGUCUUCCUCCUCCCUCCGAUCCUCCCAGCCAGGUGACCUCGUGUUGCACCAGACACCGCGCUGGCCGACGUCGCAGUUGGCUGCACGCCUGCAUCGCCGCCAAAGAAACGCAGCUGCCCACCUCCUCCACCCCGUCCGCCCCAGCACGACGCCAGCUGCCCCGAAGAUCGCUGCUCGUUUUCGUCGUCUCUCCCUGCCCAUCGAGAUUUUGGCGCCAGCCACGCUUGCAUAAGGCCUUCAUGCAUAACAGCCUACGAGGAAGGAAAGAGAAUAAAAAAAAGAAAAAGGGGAAAAAGCUGGAGAAACCCCGGGUUUCCCGUCCCCCAAACCACCCAUCCCCCCCAAUCUUUCGUUCCACACAUCGCUCCGACCACCCACUCGUGGAAUCCAAGCGCCCUCCCCUAGCACGUCACACAGGAAACAGAAAACGCAGGGGCGCCACCCGACUGGCCCCCUUUCAGCCACCACUUUUGCCCAAGGGAGAGUUCUGGUUGAUUGACAGUCUGACGUGGAGCACCAAAAGAACGGCACCCCGAGUCAGAGUCAGCAGCGGUCGGGCAGCUGCUCCAAUCGCCAAAACAGGCAAGGCCGUGGGGGGGCAAACUUCAGCUGACAGCCCGCAGCCUUUGGGGGAAAGAAACACACCGUCUCACUGGCAGCUAACGUCAGUCAAAUCUGGGGUCUGGGGAGACGGCAAGUUCGGGCCACAGGGGUCGGUCGGUUGUCUCGGGCACCUGCGCCACGGUGACACAGGCCCUGUUCGAACCCAAGGAACAAUAAAAAGCACGAGCCAUGGCGCCUCGCAAUCCAGAACCUCGCCCGCCGCUCCAUCAGCACUACCACCACCUACUCCAGGCCCAGGAGCAGCAACCGCUGCUGCAGCCUCCACUGCAUCUCCAAUCGCCACAACAACACCUCCAGCUGCCCCCGGAGCAUCAACAGCAGCUCCUUCUGCGCCCGACCUUCCCCAGGCUCUGGUCCAGGCUUUCCUACGUCUCCAAGCGCUCGUUCCGCUCCCACUCGUCGUCCUUCGAGGCCGACGACGAAUUCUCCGACUCGGACAUGGAGGACGGCUCCGCCGACCAGGGAGCCCGCCGCCGCCGCCAUGGCGCGUUCGGCGGCCCCGCCCGCUACCCCAACGAGGACACCCGGCCGACGAGCCCCAAGGAGCUGGCCGGCUGGUACAUGUACUCGUUCGCCGCCGAGACCUACGUCAUCUGUGCCAUCGGCUCCUUCAUCCCCAUCCUGCUCGAGAGCCUGGCCCGCGAGAACGGCGUGCUCAUCAAGGACCGGACGACACCCUGCAAGGCGAGCUACGAGAAGGGCGCGGCCGGCGGCGACGCAAAGGGCAGUCAGUGUGUCGUCAACGUCCUCGGUGUCGAGAUCAACACGGCCUCAUUCGCCAUGUACACUUUCAGCGUCAGCGUGCUGCUGCAGGCCCUGCUGGUCGUCAGCAUCAGCUGUGCCGCCGACCACGGCAACUACCGCAAGAAGCUGCUGCUGAUCUUUGCCGGCAUCGGCAGCGCCAGCGUCAUGGCCUACAUCUUCGUCACCAAGCAUGUCUACCUGCUGGGCGCCGUCUUGGCCAUCAUCUCCAACACCUCGUUUGGCGCCUCUUUCGUCCUCCUGAACUCGUUCCUGCCAUUGCUAGUGAGGCACCACCCGCGCCGCGAGUUUGCCGAGGCCACCGCUGCCCUCACCCCAGAUCUGGACCCGUCGCCCGGGUCCCAGCCCCUGUCCCAACCCCUAUCCGCAGCCACAGAUGCGGCCCCGCACGGCGACGACGGCGACGAGUCCGAGGCCCUGCUCGACUCAACUGCAGCCCUUCUGCGCGAGAACGGGUUGACGCGGGUCCGCACGCGUGAGGACCUCACCUCGAUCGAACUCCAGCUGUCGACCGAGAUAUCCGGCAAGGGCAUAGGGAUUGGCUACUGUGCAGGCCUGUUCGUCCAGUGCGUCGCCAUCCUGAUUGUGUUCCGGCUCAAGAACUCGACGUGGUCUCAGCGCCUCGUCCUGCUCUUCGUCGGCACCUGGUGGGCCGCCUUCACCAUUCCCGCUGCCAUGUGGCUGCGGCCCAGGCCCGGCCCGCCCCUGCCCGCCGCCGCAGUCUUUUCGUCAAAGAAGCGCGGCGGUGGCGGAAUCCGCGACAGCCUGCGUGCCUGGAUCGCCUACACGGCGUAUGCGUGGCGGGCCCUGUUCCGCACCGUGUCGCUUGCGCGUCAGCUCAUCGACAUCGUGCUGUUCUUGGCUGCCUGGUUCCUGCUCUCCGACGCCAUCGCAACCACGUCGUCGACCGCCAUCCUGUUCGCCAAGACGCAGCUGCGCAUGGAGCCCUGGGCCCUGGCCAUGAUCAACGUCAUCUCGACCGUGGCCGGCAUCGCGGGCGCGCUCUCGUGGCCCCCCGUGUCCCGCAGGUUCGGCCUCCGCCCGCACCAGACCAUUCUGGCCUGCAUCGCUCUCUUCGAGCUGAUCCCGCUCUACGGCCUCGCCGGCUACCUGCCCUUUGUGCGCCGCUGGGGGGUUAUGGGCCUGCAGCAGCCCUGGGAGAUGUUCCCCCUCGCGGCCGUGUACGGCUUCGUCCUCGGCGGCCUGAGCGGGUACUGUCGGUCGCUGUACGGUGAGCUGAUUCCCCCGGGGUCCGAGGCGGCCUUUUACGCCCUCUACGCCAUCACCGAUAAGGGCUCGAGCGUCUUUGGUCCGGCCAUAGUUGGUGCCAUCAUCGACGCAACCGAGGAGAUCAGGCCCGCCUUCUGGUUCUUGGCCGUCAUGGUCGGCCUCCCCGCCCCACUCAUCUGGUUCAUCGACGUCGAUCGGGGCAAGGCCGAGGGCGAGAGGCUUGCCGAGGUCAUUGAGGGCUUCAAGGCCGAGGGAGAAGAAGAGAGCGAUGAAGAUACACACAGCCAAGGCUACGACGAGGACGAGCUGGAGAAUGACCGACGAGGCCCCAUUCUAGGGGGGUAUGAUGAACGUGACGACGGUCUGGCCGAGAGUGGGCCGAGGCGGUAGUGGGUGCGGGCUUGGGAGAACAUGCUCGGUCUGCCAUCACCCUCUAAUCUGGAAUUUGGAUACAUAUUGAAUCUUUUGGUGUUUGUUUUUGUUUAAGCAUAGCGACGGCGCUCGGUUAUCCCAGUUCAAUAUAGCUCCCUCUAUCAUUGCUGGCUUGCUGGCAACCUCGAUGCGCUGUCGUGGCUCCAAAGGGAACAGGAAUGCUAGGCUGAGCCAAGGAAGGCGUUUCGACCUAGCGUCCAAAAGCGCCAAGGGUUCCUAGAGAUCAAUUGGUAUCGGCCAAGCUAUGUAAAUCAGGCAAGCUCAAGCGCCGUCCAAUCGGACUUGAGCCCCUCCUUCCACCAACGAUACUGUACAUAUAGGUGUCCAGGAUCACGAACACUAGUGCGGUGGAGCAAGAUACAUUUUCUUCCUUAGAAAACCAAGCCAAACUGAUGUACCACCAAGAUCCACCGCACUAGUGUUUAUGAUCCUGGACACCUGUACAUGUGGGUUAUGUAAUCAGCCAG